CGUCAGCUCCAAAGAGGCUCGCACCGUUCUAAAACUCCUCGGCAAAGGUCUCCAUGCAUGAACUCAUUGGCCCGGAGUACCGCUUAAUCCCACAAUGCAGCGCAUGGCGCGUCAUUAACGAGAGACCAUGAUGGCGGCGGUCGGUGCACCAGAAGUGAUUUCACAGCUGGAAAGCGCUGCCAAAGUUUUAAUGGCACCGCCGUCCAUGGUCAGUACAGAACAGAGACAACACGCAGAACACACAUUUCUCUCCUUCAGGAAGUCAAAAUCGCCCUUCGCUGUCUGCAAGCACAUCUUAGAGACCAGUAAGGUGGACUAUGUGCUGUUCCAGGCUGCCACGGCCAUCAUGGAGGCAGUGGUGCGGGAGUGGAUCCUGUUGGAGAAGGCCAGCAUUGAGUCGCUCCGAACAUUCCUCCUCACCUAUGUCUUACAGAGACCCAAUCUACAGAAGUAUGUUCGAGAGCAGAUCCUGCUGGCUGUAGCGGUGAUAGUGAAGAGAGGCUCUUUGGACAAGUCCAUCAACUGUAAAGGCAUCUUCCAUGAAGUCAGCCAGCUCAUCAGCAGUGGAAACCCCACAGUGCAGACACUGGCCUGCUCCAUCUUGACAGCCCUGAUCAGUGAGUUCUCCAGCUCCAGUAAGACCAGCAACAUUGGCCUGAACAUGGAAUUCCACGGCAGCUGCAAACGGAUCUUUCAGGAGGAUGACCUGUGUCAGAUCUUUGUGUUGACCAUGGAGGUGUUGCAGGAGUUCAGUCGCAGGGAGAACCUCAACGCUCAGAUGUCCUCUGUGUUCCAGAGAUACUUGGCCCUGGCCAAUCAGGUCCUCAGCUGGAACUUUCUGCCACCCAAUCUGGGUCGUCACUAUAUUGCCAUGUUCGAGUCCACGCAGAACGUGAUGCUGAAGCCAACAGAGACCUGGAGGGAAGCCCUGCUGGACACCCGCGUCAUGGACCUCUUCUUCACGGUCCACAGGAAGAUCCGCGAGGACUCGGACAUGGCCCAGGAUUCCCUUCAGUGCCUGGCCCAGUUGGCCUCCAUGCACGGACCCAUCUUCCCCGACGAGAGUGCUCAGGUGUCGUACCUGGCCCACUUGGUGGAGGGGCUGCUCAGCAUGAUCAACGGAAUAGAGAUUGAGGACUCUGAGGCUGUGGGCAUCUCUAACAUCAUCUCCAACCUGAUCAGUACGUUUCCCCGUGCAAUCCUGACCGCCCUGCCCGGUGAACUCUUCACCUCCUUCAUCAACUGUCUCACCCUCCUCACCUGCUCUUUCGGACGCAGCGCCGCCCUGGAGGAAGUGUUGGAUAAGGAUGAUAUGGUGUACAUGGAGGCGUACGACAAACUGUUAGAGUCAUGGCUGACUCUGGUUCAGGAUGAUGAACAUUUCCCUCGUGGCUGCUUCGUCCAGCCCGCCAUUCAGGUGUUCAACUCCUACAUCCAGUGUCACCUGGCUGCCCCUGAUGGUACCCGCAACCUGACAGCGAACGGCGUGGCGUCUCAUGAGGAGGAUGAGAUAAACGAGUUGCAGGAGGACGACCGGGAGCUGUUCUCAGACCAGCUGGCCAGCAUCGGCAUGUUGGGACGAAUCGCUGCCAACCACUGCAUCCCUCUACUGACUAGUCUGCUGGAGGAACGGGUGACACGGCUCCACGGCCAGCUCCAAAGAACCCAGCAGCACCUCAUGAACUCGUCGGAUCCUGGGUCAGCGGACCGCAAGGUUCUGGACGACCUUUACGAAGACAUUCACUGGCUCAUACUGGUCUCAGGCUACCUCCUGGCUGAUGAUCCUCAGGGAGAGACUCCUCUGAUCCCAGCCGAGGUCAUGGAGUACUCGAUUAACCACUCCACCGAAGUGGACAUCAACACCACCCUGCAGAUACUGGGCUCACCCGGGGAAAAGGCCUCCUCAAUCCCAGGGUGCAACAGGACAGACUCAGUCAUCAGGUUGCUGUCAGCGGUGUUGAGGACGUCGGAGGUGGAGUCACGGGCUACCAGGGCCAGCCUGACCGAGCUGCUCAGCCCUCAGAUGGGGAAGGACAUCGUCUGGUUCCUCAGACGCUGGGCCAAGACUUACCUCCUGGUCGACGAAAAGCUCUACGGACAGAUCAGUAUUCCCCUCAGCACGGCAUUUGGUGCCGAUACAGAUGGGGCCCAGUGGAUUGUGGGAUAUCUUUUGGAGAAGGUGAUCAACAACUUGUCGGUGUGGAGCUCUGAACCCGAACUGGCUAACGACACUGUGGAGCUACUGGUCUGUCUGGUGGAGAAGAGGGAGAGGGCAAACAUUGUGGUACAGUGUGAGAACUGGUGGAACUUAGCCAAGCAGUUUGCCAGCCGGAGUCCUCCGUUGGAUCUGCUGUCCAGCUCUGUACAGAGGACCCUGAUGAAAGCCCUGGUUCUGGGGGGCUUCGCGCACAUGGACUCUGACACCAAGCUGCAGUACUGGACCGAGGUGCUACACCCUCUCCAGCAGCGCUUCCUCAACCUGAUCAACCAGGAGAACUUCCCUCAGAUCUGUCAGGAGGAGAAUGUGAAGCGGGAGAUCGUCGCCACCCUGGAGGCACUGUGUGGCAUCGCCGAGGCAACGCAGAUCGACAACGUGUCGUCCCUGUUCAGCUUCCUCAUGGACUUCCUGUCCAGCUGCAUCGGCCUGAUGGAGGUGUACCGCAACACGCCCGAGACCGUCAACCUCAUUAUUGAGGUGUUUGUGGAGGUUGCACACAAGCAGAUCUGCUACUUGGGAGAGUCUAAGUCCAUGAAGCUGUAUGAGGCGUGCCUGACCCUGUUGCAGGUCUACUCCAAGAACAACCUGGGCCGGAAGCGUGCCGACGUGGCUGCUGAGGAGGACCAGUACCAGGACCUGCUGCUCAUCAUGGAGCUGCUCACCAACCUGCUGUCCAAGGAGUUCAUCGACUUCUCAGACACAGGUGUGGACGACGAGGUGUUCCGGGGUCAGGAACCAGGUUCUGGAGCGACGGGUCGAUCUGUGUCCGCUGCAGACGUGGUUCUGUUCGGCGUCAACAUCAUACUGCCUCUCAUGUCUCAGGACCUGCUGAAGUUCCCCUCUCUGUGUAACCAGUACUACAAGCUCAUCACCUUCAUCUGUGAGAUCUUCCCAGAGAAGAUCCCCCAGCUACCAGAGGAGCUUUUCAAGAGUCUCAUGUACUCCCUGGAGCUGGGCAUGACAUCGAUGAGUUCAGAGGUCAGCCAGCUGUGUCUGGAGGCUCUGUCCCCCCUGGCCGAGCAGUGUGCCAAGACCCAGGAGAAAGACACACCCCUCUUCAUGGCCACACGCCACUUCCUCAAGUUGGUGUUUGACAUGCUGGUACUGCAGAAACACAAUACUGAGAUCACAGUAGCAGCGGGAGAAGCAUUCUACACACUAGUGUGCCUGCAUCAAGCGGAGUACCAGGAGCUGGUGGAGUCUCUUCUUGCCACGCAGCGAGAUGCCGUUGUCUACCAGCGUCUGGCUGAUGCCUUUAACAAGCUGACCGCCAGCAGCACGCCACCCAGCAUGGACCGCAAACAGAAGGUGGCCUUCCUCAAGAGCUUAGAGGAGUUUGUGUCCAGCGUAGGGGGGCUGCUUUGUGUCAAAUAACCACUAGCGCCUGGACUUCCCCUCCCACCUAGCCCCUAUUUCUAUGUCCGAUCCGCUCACAGACGAUCUACCUACCUACCUACCUACAUUGAACACAUCUGACCAGGCCAAGCCCCGGAGAAGACAGACAGACAGGCAGACAGGCAGACAGACAGCCAGAGGACCAGCACUGUGAGACAGACAGGAAGGGUGGAGACGAGUGACGUGAGGUUAGGACUAGGGUGUGGUUUGGUCUAGUUCCACAUCUCCUCCCCCUGUCCUGCCCCUAGGACCCCAGUGCACACAGACAGUGGUUUUUGGGGGAAAUAGAUGAUGGACAGGUGAGGUCAGAGAGGGAUGGACUUCACUCCCUGCGCCCCUCUGUUCCACGAUCGUCCAAUCAUUGUUUACGUUUGCCAGUAGGGGGGUUUGGAUGAAUGCAGCAGGAGGGGACAAUCUGUUCAGAGAACCUUAUGCCCCUCCCUCCAACUCUUCCUGCCUCCACGCCCUCCCCCAGAGUGCCUUUGUUUUCUUGUUUGUGUCGUGUCGGCUCCGGUCUGUCUGUGUGGCCAAGCUAAGACGUGUCUUACUGACAGCAAUGACUGUGUCUGUCAAACACACCAAGAACACGGCAAAAGCGUGCACAUGCAGAUCUCCAUGACAACCAGAAACUUGGUCCCACCACCUUAUCAGGUUGCUGUAGCUGUUAUUGGGAAGGCAGAUGACAAAAACCAAAUCACUUUGUGUUCAUCAAGAGUGUAUAUAUGUUUUAAAAAAAUUGAAAAAGUGUUUAAAACAAGGACUGAAACAUUUUUAUAAGAGGAUAGAUGGCAGAAGAGCAGAAUUCGUAUGGUUAUGAUGAGUUCACAUCAAGAAAAAAGGGGCAAGUUUGAAAACCUUUAGAUUUGAUUUUGGAUUUAUUUUUACGUAUCCCCUUUUUUUCUCUUCAAUUUUGUGAUAUCCCAUCUAUGAUUAAGGCCUUGCUUGCUCUCAGCAACCCCUAUUGGACUUUUGACCGACAGUGUCAAGAUAUGUGUUGAUUGAAGCACAUCCGAUUCCCUUCUGGCCAUAUUGUAAAGGGAGACCUUACGGGCUGGAGCAAAAGCAUUUUUCAGUGAAAACCCUGAUUGAGCUCACAGGUGCACAAGCUGCCACAAGGAGUCGCUACAGCGCGAUGAAGCAAGGCAACCAAAUUCAAAUUGCAAACCUGGACAGAGCUGGCCAAUGGCUCCGCCCUUAGGAUUGCUGGGCGAGUCCGCAAGCAGGAUUCAAACACUGGUCUCACAGGGCUUUGAUUAUCUUUAUUGUUCUGGAUUGUAAUUCUCCCCAACCCUCUGUUUUUCUUGCACCAUUUCAAUCCACAAAA